UAUAAUUAUUUAAAACUAAGUCACCUGUGUGACAGUCACUUAUUUAAAGAUUUUUAAAAGUUUUGUAAUUUAAUAAAUGGUACUGCCCGUUAGUGCUUUAAUAGUCGGUUUUGGGGUUCGAUGUGCACUAAAUCUGCUACAUGGACUUUUACCAACAAAACUUUAGCAGUCGAGAUGGAAGAAGUACCGUCUCCACCAAAGCAUCCAUUGUAUGAUGCCCUCGUUCAAAUUAUGAACAGCGUUAUGGGGGGCGACACUGACAUGCAGAAAAAGGCAGUCGAUAAACUAAACCAAGUUCAAGUUCUUGAAGAAUACCCGUUGGUUGUGUCUCAAAUAAUUGGCACUGAAGAAGAAAAUAUCCAUGUUCGAGAAUUAGCGGCAAUAUUUCUAAAAAAUUAUCUUGAUGAAAUAUUGAAUCAUACACAGUCCAAUUGUGCGCUCUUUCACAAAAGCUUUGGCAAAUCUCUUACAUUGCAACUAAUAGACUUCUUAGCUGAUAGUAGCCUACCACUUAAAGAAUGUUUGGCGGCCUGCAUCGCCAAACUGUUGUGCCUCGGUUUUUGGGCAGAUGCGACAAUAUUGCUGAAUGAUAUGGUCAAACAUGACGAUGAAGAGGAUAUUUCAAAUGCCGUCCUCGUCUUAAAUAAAGCGAUUGAUAAUCCAUAUUUGGGAAACCAUGAAUAUACUAUCAUCGAGUACCACUGGUUUGAUGUUUUACUGGAUGUUUUAAAGCGAAGAAAUACUCUAUCAAAAACAAAAGAGCGUGUCAUUCAACCAAUGUUUUUGCUGAUGAAACAUUCAGCUCCCAAUCUGCAGUAUGUACCAGAUUGUUUGACGAAAAUCACCGAAGAGUUGGACGUGGCAUUAAAUGCAUGCUAUUCCAUUAGCUUCGAUUUUGGGUUCAGAACUGAAAUUUUAAAGUUCCUGAAUAAUAGCGUAGAUCAAUUUAGUGAAUACUGCCAUAUAUUCAUUGCUCCAUUAUUACCAACCAUUGGAAAGCUACUAACCUUAUGCUGCGAACAGUAUAAAGAAGUUAUUAAGGGCGCAACCCCUCCCAAGGAUGAAUUAGAAGAGGGCGAACCAAAACAUUUCUAUGAUCUUAUUGGUGGAAUUUUAGACUUCAUUAUGAAUCUAGUUGAUAUGCCCUACUUUGAUGUUCUAAUGGAAGACUUGGAAAAUCUAAUUUAUUGCAUAUAUGUGUUUAUGUCAUGCCACCACGGCAUGGAAGCUCAAUUGUAUUUGACCGUUAUUGAAAAGGAUCACCUCUGGUCAUUAAGGGAUGUGUGCUCUCAAAUUAUAACGUUCUCCUUGGAAAAAAUUGAUGCGCGUCAGAAGAACGGAAAAGCCGUUUAUUUUAAGACUAUGCACAUAGUUUUCCAAAGAUUGGUUGCUGAAAUGGAGCCCCAACCAAUCAACCCUUUCCAUGCGUAUUACAUCACAAGCCUAACCGAAGCCAUGAUGUUUGGAACCGGGUUAAUUAAGGAAAGAUAUGUUGCUACGGAUCCAGAAUUUGCCUUUCCCUUGCAAUUUUACAUCAAUAAUUGGACUAACAUGAUCAGUCCGGAGAACUUGAUUUUGCAAGGCAGAAUUUUAUGGGUUGGUGGUAUCUAUUGCUUAGAGAUCAACCCCAGUGUAAUGGAGUGCCACUUGAAAUAUAUCAUUCGAAACUUACAAUCCGAUAAUACUUAUAUUCUGAUUCCAUCCGCAGAAGCCUUGUGUAAUUACCUUAAGUCAUUUAAGGCCAUGCCUCCAGAGAAAAAAUUUUUGAUCUCUCAAGUUGCUGUGGAAACGCUGAAUUGCUUAGUUGCAGUAACAAGAAUGAAAAAUAAAUUUCCGCUGCACCAUUCAUUGAACGCCUUGGGGUAUUUUGUAAAAUCCCAGAACAAUUUGGCUUGCAAAAACAUCGAUGAACUUGAAGAUCUUUUGGUCAAGAUUACUUCAGCUUUUUUCACUGACCAAUGUGUGAUGAGGGAAGUGAACUUUGUCUGCGCUAAGAUAGCUCAGAUUCAAGGAUUCAAAACUUUAGCCAACGAUAAGUUCCUCACAUUUUUACAUCAUGUUAUUAACAAUUUGGAACCCAGAUACAUGACGGAUGAUAUAGACAAAGCCUUCGAUAUUUUAAAUACAAUUUGUGUGUAUUCCCCCACUCAGGAUGAGGACCUAGUAUUGCAGACAUUUUUGGGUGCAGCUACUCAACUUAGUCAAAAUAAAGAUAGAGAGGAAGAACUUGAUGAAUCCGCUGCGAAUCUUCUUAUCACAUUAAUUGUGAAACGCCAGGAUCAAAUUCGAAUGCUCAGCACAUUGCCAAAGGGCAUGACGAUCAUUGCAGAGUUUCCACAGUUGCUCAAUAUGCUGCUACAACCCGGCAUCGUUCUACCUAAGAAUGUGCUAGGGAAAUUGGUUAUUACCACCAUAUUUUGCCUCCCGAAUGUAAUGGAGGCUCAUUACGAAACCGUCCUUAGAAAUGUGAUUACCGGCUGUGCUAAAUCCCCUAGCAAAAAGAUAAGGGCCAAUUGGAGCAUCUUUAUCUUUAUUUGCAUGAUUCGCACCACUGGUACUCUCAAUUAUUUAUCAGUUCUUCCUGGACCCCAUGGAGGCAGUGCCUUGAAUUUCAUUAUGAGAUUAUGGGAGCCGCAGUAUUUCCACGCCGUUGACUUCAUAGACAGAAAGAUUUUGGUGUUAUCCAUAGUACAUGUUAUUCAGCACUGCUUGGACCAUGAAAACGAAUAUAAAAAAAUGGCAGAAAUUGUCAUUCCCUAUGAUUUGCCAAAUGAUGCAUCUCCAACAGGUGAAAUCUUCAAUGGAUUGGAGUAUCUGUACUACCUUCUCAUUCAAUGUGUGCUAUAUGAAGAAAAAAGGAAAAAAAUUAAGCCACCCCGUCCCGAGCCGUACGACUUCGACGAUUUCGGGGAAGAUUCCUCGGUAAGAAAGGAGGAUGAUGCCCUGCUGUUGUUUUAUUGUCAUCCAUUUAACAUAAACACAAUGCUUCACAUUGUAAAUUUCUUACAAAGGGCCAGUGCGCCAUACUUUAGUGUUAUGAGGCGUUUUAUGCCUCAGGCCAUUUAUUUUACUCUGCGUGACAUGGGAUGCAACGUUCCAGAGCCCGAAAUGAAUGUCCCAGAAGAUAUGGAAUAGUGAUUUUCUUAUAGUAUUGUUUGAAUAAUAUAUAGUUUGCCCAAGUUGGGCCUCCUAGUUAAUUGUUAAUUAUAGUUAUCAGUUUGAGUUGGGAGUUAUUUUUAUUUAUAUUGAAAUAGUAAUGCAACAAAUGUGGGCCCAACACACCAAAUACUGAACUAAAGGCUGUGGAUUAAAUUUGUAAAUAGCCUUAGACAGUAGGAUUUUAACUUAAAAAUACUAAAUGUUUCCAUUUGUAUAAACUGCAUAGUAUAAAUACAUGUAUAUAAGGUUCGUUCCAACCUGCAUCAGAAAUUAUUUUAUGGUGUCUACAGACCUAACGAGCCGAGUCUGAAGCGCGGUAAAAUUCCUUUGAUGAAAUAUUAAAGGAAUUUAGCCGCUGCUCCGGUUGGAUCGGGAUCGGCUCGAUAGGUAUUGACGCCUCAUUAUAAGAAAAAAAUGUUUAUGAAAUUUGUGGAGGAAAACUGUUGCAACCAUCCGUGCUCAAAAUAAAUUCUAAUUCAAGGUUGGAAGAAUCCUGUUGUUUUCUCAUUUUAACUCAUUUUAAUUGUUUUUAAUGUAAGCAUAAAUCGCGUAAAACUCUGCCAACUAUGUUGUAAGGUAGAUACUAAGACCGAUCUCACUAGAAGGUUUUAAACCAAUAUUUUUAUAUCGUUCACUUUAAAUAAAUUAUUAAAGAUUA